UUGUUGCGUUGAUUAACAAGUAAAGUGAGAGUGAUGGAAGUUAAAAAUUUGAAGGCUUGAGGAAACAAUGCAGCAAACAAUGCCCCAUUAUAUGGCACAUAGCGCACACUGUACCUCUUGAGGGUUAGUGACUGGCCUGAUGGGGGAUCCAAAACAUCUCAUUCAAACUGAUACACAACAUCUCCAUUGGCUGCAGUCUGUGAUAAUGGUUUGAAAGCUGCAAAAUUGGAACUAGCUGCAUCCAUUGUGCUCCUUCCCCUGUUAGGAAGCAUAUUCUUGUCAUAUUUUGGUGUUGCUCUUAAACUCAGGAUGACUCGACUUCGGCAGUUUGGCCUACUUCUGUGGAAGAAUUACGUGUUGCAAAAGCGCCAAGUAUUGGUCACCAUCGUUGAGAUAAGCCUGCCACUUAUAUUUGCUGCAAUUCUUAUAACUCUAAGACAGCGAGUUAACUCUGUGCAAUAUCCAAAUGCAACCACAUAUCCUCCAUUUUAUAUUUAUGAUAUUCCCUAUUUCCCCCAACACCCUACAACCAAAUGGAGUUUGGUUUACAUUCCCUCCAACGUGACUGCAGUGGAGACCAUUGCAAAGCUGGUGAAAGACAGUCUGCGGAAGAUUGUUAACAUUGUAGGUUUCCAAACAGAAGCUCAGUUUAAUGAAUUUAUAAGAUCGGAAAACAAGUCGGCAGAGAAAAUUCUGGUAGCUCUCGUAAUUGACCAUGACUUUAAGCAUCAAGAUGAGCGUUUACCAUUGCAGGUAAAGUACCACCUAAGGUUUAAAUACAGUCCUCUGAAUGCACCCCUUGGGGAAAUAAGCUCUUUCAAUCCAAACGGAGAUAAAGACUGGCACACUCGGUCCCUUUUCCCACUGCUUCAGGUACCUGGGCCUCGUGAGCAAUACUUCAAGGAUGGAGGCAGUCCAGGUUAUUACCGCGAGGGCUUCCUGGCAACACAGUUCGCAACAGACAGAGCCAUUAUCAAGUAUCAUGCCAACCAAGAAGCAGCCAAAUGGCUUACAUCAUUUCCAGUAGAAAUGCUGCGAUUCCCUUUCCCCCCCUAUACUGAUGACCUCUUCAUUUUGGCAAUCCAAACACAGCUUUCACUACUGGUCAUGCUGAGUUUCACCUACAUGGCCCUUAAUGUUACCAAAGCAAUUGUACUGGAAAAGGAAACCAAGCAAAAGGAGUACAUGAAGAUGAUGGGACUUAACAACUGGCUGCACUGGUUGGCCUGGUUCUUCAAAUUCCUCCUCUUUCUCAUAAUUUCAGUAUUUCUCAUGUCUGUGCUGUUUUGUGCAAAGCAGAUGUCCAAACAGGGAGCUGUGCUGAGCAACAGUGAUCCCACCCUAAUAUUUGUGUUUCUCCUGCUGUUUUCAAUUUCCACGAUUUCAUUCAGCUUCAUGAUCAGCGUCUUCUUCUCCCGAGCUAAUGUAGCUGCUGCAGUUAGUGGAUUCCUGUACUUCUUUUCAUAUAUCCCCUACUUCUUCAUCGCACCUCGUUACCAUACAAUGACACACCCCCAGAAAGUGGCAUCAUGCUUGAUCUCAAAUGUUGGCAUGGCACUGGGAUGCCAGCUAAUUGGCAUGUUUGAAGGGAAAGGUACAGGUAUACAGUGGUCAAACAUAAACAUGCCCGUCAAUGUGGAUGACAAUUUUACUCUUGGUCAAUCAAUGGCAAUGCUGAUUUUUGAUUCAGUUGGUUACAGUUUGGUCACUUGGUAUGUGGAAGCUGUGUUCCCUGGAGAGUAUGGAAUACCACAGGUCUGGUACUUUUUCAUCUUGCCUUCAUACUGGCUUGGGAAGCCAAGAUCUGAAUACGUCAAAAUAAAUAAAGAUGAUGAGGAAGCAGACAAACCACUAAACACUGAAUACAUGGAAGAUGACCCAUCGGAUAUUGAAGCUGGCAUCAAAAUCAAAGACUUGACCAAGGUGUUUAACGUUGGAAACCAGAUGAAGAAAGUAGUUUCCCAUUUAACCAUGAACUUAUACAAGGGACAAAUCUCUGUAUUGCUGGGGCACAAUGGUGCAGGAAAGACUACUACGCUGGCAAUGCUCACAGGUCUGUUCCCUCCUACAAGUGGCACUGCCUACGUCAAUGGGUAUGAUAUCUGCCAGGACAUGCCACUCGUUCGCCAAAGUCUGGGACUCUGUCCGCAGCACGAUGUCUUGUUUGAUAAUCUAACCGUAGAAGAACAUCUGUCAUUUUUUAGUGGGCUAAAAGGCUGCCACUCUGGUCAGAUGCACGAAGAGGUAAACCAGAUGUUAAGCAUGCUGAAGUUUGAGGAUAAAAGAAAAGCAAAAGUCAAGACUUUGUCCGGUGGAAUGAAACGGAAGCUCUCCAUUGGAAUUUCUCUCAUCGGCAACUCUAAGGUUGUCAUGUUGGAUGAACCAACAUCUGGUAUGGAUCCACUAUCCCGCAGGUCUGCCUGGGAUCUUCUACAGAACCAGAAGUAUGGCCGCACUAUUCUGCUUACCACUCAUUUUAUGGAUGAAGCUGAUCUCCUUGGAGAUCGUAUUCUGAUCAUGGCCAAUGGGCAGCUUCAGUGCAGUGGAUCGUCACUUUUUCUCAAGAACAAGUAUGGGGCUGGGUACCACAUGGUGAUUGUGAAGCAACCUCACUGUAAAGUCGCUGAUAUUACCACACUCGUGAAGAGUCUCAUUCCCAAAGCAGACAUGCAGACCAAUGCUGGUGCUGAACUCUCCUACAUCCUCCCGAAUGAAAGCACUGACAGGUUUGAAGACCUUUUCUCACAACUUGAAAUGAAGAAGGAGAAGCUGGGAAUUGCCAGUUAUGGUGCUUCAGUGACUACCAUGGAAGAGGUGUUUCUAAAGGUGGGGAAGCUGGUGGACUCCAGCAUGGACAUUCAGGCAAUCCAGCUGCCAGCAAUACAAUACCAGCAUGAACGAAGGAUGAGUGACUGGUCAGUUGGAGAGAAAACCAGCCAGAGCGACUUGAUGGAAGAUACAGAUAACAAUGAGAGUCAUCUGCCCAACACCUGUUCUUCUAUCAAACUGAACACAGGGAUCAUACUCUGUUUGCAACAGUUCUAUGCCAUGCUCAUGAAGCGAGCAACAUACACCUGGCGGAACUGGAAGAUAUUCACAGCCCAGUUUAUGGUACCACUGAUUUUUGCCUGUUUUGCAUUGAUUGUUGCCAAGACAUUUCCGGGGCCUCAGGAUUCACCUCCAUUAAAUCUGACUCUGGAAAAAUAUGGAUCUACCAUUGUUCCUUUUUCAUUGAGACCUAACUCCCGGAACCAGACUAAAAAUUUGUCCCAGGCUUACAAAGCGGUGGUAGAAGCACAACUGGGCAUCCCAAUACAGACAGAAGGUGAUAUUAUUGAUUAUCUGUUGAAUUCUUCAGUUAAAGAAGGAUCUUCUUUUAAUGAACGAUGUGUGGUAGCAGCAGAUUUCCAUGACACACUGACAACUGGAACCAGGAUACGAGUUUUAUUCAAUAAUUUGGGCUAUCAUACAUCUGCUACUUCCUUGAUGUUAGUGGACAAUGCCUUAUUCAAGCUUCUGGUGGGACCAACAGCAUCAAUCAGUACCACCAACUUUCCACAGCCUCGCAACAUUACAGAGCAAGCAAUGGAACAACUGAAUGAAAAUAGGACAGGGUUUGCUUUGGCCUUCAACUUGAUAUUUGGCAUGGCCUUUCUGGCUAGCACUUUUUCCCUGUUGUUGGUAUCUGAGAAAACCAUAAAAUCCAAGCACAUUCAGCUCAUCAGUGGCCUUCAUAUCAUCAACUUCUGGCUGUCUGCUCUCGUCUGGGAUCUGAUUAACUAUGUUAUCCCCUGUGUUGCAAUUCUAGCGAUGUUCCAGAUCUUUGAUCUGCAGCCUUUCACUGUGCAGCAGCAUCUUGGAGAUGUGUUGAUACUUCUACUCCUUUAUGGGUGGUCCAUUAUCCCUAUCAUGUACCUCUUCCACUACUUCUUCGAUACACUUGCAACAGCCUACACCAGAAUCACUAUUAUCAACAUUUUGACUGGCACAGCCACCUUCUUGGCCAUUACAAUUAUGAAUAUUCCAGAACUUGAUCUGACAGACCUAGCAAAGAUUCUGGAUGCAGUGUUUCUCAUGUUACCCAAUUACUGCCUGGGACAGGCUAUGCAUGAUUUUUACCAGAACUACCAAUUGGUUACUGUGUGCACAAGAAGCCCACUUGCCGAGUAUUUGUGCGAGGCAUUCAACAUCACCUACCAGACUGAUUACUUAGCCUGGGAAUCUCCUGGAGUUGGCCGCUUCAUUGUUGCUCUGGCAGUCCAGGGCUUGGUCUUUCUGACUUUUCUUCUCCUUAUUGAGUUUAGUAUCUUCAAAGUACUGUCCACUUUAUUCCAUUAUAUCGUCUGGAGAAAGAGAACGGCUUCAAUUAUAAAUGGCAGCAUGCCACAGCUAAUUGAAGACUCCGAUGUCAGGGAUGAGCGUUUGAGGAUAGAGGAGUCAACAGUUUCCCAAAUGGACUGCCCGUUAGUGAUAAAGGAACUCUUCAAGGUUUAUCACAAGGAAUCAACGCUUGCUGUUAACAGGAUUUCUUUAGCUGUAAAUAAAGGAGAAUGCUUUGGAUUGCUGGGUUUUAAUGGAGCUGGAAAGACAACCACCUUCAAGAUGUUGACCGGUGAUGAGAAAGUGAGCGGAGGGGAUGCCUUUAUCGCAGGUUACAGCAUUUUGAAAAACAAAAAAAAAGUGCGCCAGAAGAUUGGUUACUGUCCCCAGUUUGAUGCUCUGCUUGGUCACAUGACGGGGCAGGAAACACUAUAUAUGUUUGCAAGAUUACGGGGCAUCCCCGAACACAUCAUCCAGCAGUGCGUAGAUGAGGAGUUCCAGAGUUUCCUACUUGAACCUCAUGCCCGGAAGCUCGUGCGGGCAUACAGUGGUGGAAAUAAGAGAAAGUUGAGCACUGCUGUGGCGCUGAUUGGAAAUCCUGCUGUCAUCUUCCUGGAUGAACCUUCCACUGGCAUGGAUCCUGUUUCAAGGAGACUAUUAUGGGAUGCGGUGACCAGAUCUCUUCAAGAUGGAAAGUCCAUUGUCAUUACUUCUCACAGCAUGGAAGAGUGUGAAGCACUCUGCACCAGGCUGGCUGUGAUGGUCAAUGGUCAGUUCAAGUGCCUUGGGAGUCCUCAGCACCUCAAGAAUAAAUUUGGCAGUGGAUUUACAUUACUGGUCAAAAUCCAUGGAAAUAAACCUGAUCUCAAGCCAUUCAAGAACUUUAUUGAAACUACAUUUGAAGGCAGUAUUUUAAAAGAUGAGCAUCAUGGAAUGGUGCAUUACCACUUAACCAGCCAACUCUUGUCAUGGCCUCAGAUAUUUGGCACACUAGAAAGGGCCAAAGAGAAAUACAAUAUCAAGGAUUAUUCAGUCAACCAGAUCUCCCUUGAGCAAGUGUUCCUCAGCUUUGCUCGUUUCCAGCUGCGUACAGAAGGAAGAUCAGAUUAGCACCAAUCAAACUGAGUUUCAGUUUCAACCGUGAACGUACAGGUGCAGGAGCUACAUGCGUAGAAAAUUCUAUCUGGUUGGGUGAAUGAUGCAUUAGAAAUAAAAAGCUAGAGUAAAGUUAACACUAAACCUGAGAAGUCCAGACUCUGCUGGAGUUAGGUUGGUUCAGAAACCUGCUGGAAUCAAGGACUUCAAUUCUCCAAUUGUAACUGAGCAGAACAAUUCACUCAGGAUAAGAAAUGCUGCAUUGUCCUGGAAAUUGGCCUCUGGUGCAGUACCUUAUUUUUGUUAUGUUAGUAGGAUUAUAUUCGACUGGGAAUACACCCAUUUUCAGAAUCAUCUUGUUCCAAGAUAAAAAUAAAAAUUUUAAAGUGAUCAGAGCAAACGUGGCCAUCAAAAUGAAUCACAUGACCUGGCCUGUGUGUCCCACAUGCCCAUUAAAACCUUCUCUAAUUCCUUCCAGGGGGUCAAGGUUCCUACUGUAAAACUGGGUCCCCCUUAAUUCGAGGUUGAACUCUCAUCUUUCCUCAGCAACAGCAUAAUUGACUCAUACUACUUGAUAGUUUUGUUACUAAUGUUUAUCUAGUGCUAGUUGUGAUUUGUUACUAGUAAUAACCAUGCUGAAAUUGUGGAUCAUUACAAAUAGUGACACAAACAAAAGCACAAUACUGAAGAAGCUAGAAAUGGGAAAUUAAAAACAGAAAAUGCUAGAACUACUGUAUCAGUGAUAAUGGGUCUAGGCCCAAAACAUCAGCUUUUGUGCUCCUGAGAUGCUGCUGGGCCUGCUGUGUUCAUCCAGCCUCACAUUUUGUUAUGCUAGAACUACUGGCAGGUCAGGCAACAUAUGUGGAGAGAAAGACAGAGUUAAACAUCUGAAAUUGAUGGCUUCCUAUCAGAAAUGUAAAAAAGUUAGAAAUGUGUAACAGGCAUUAAGCCAGUACAGAGGCAGAUUAAUGGGAGGGGAGAAAAAAACAAAAGGAAUGUUUGUGAUAAUUUGGCAGGCAGGAGCAAUUCAGUGACCAUAGGGAAGAUGGUGCAAGGCAGAAGAGAUGAUGGAGAGAUUGGUAAAGAGAGACUAGAGGAGAAGUUAGCAAGCACAUUGCAAUUAACCCAUGUACUGAUUCUUGCAAUAACUCUGGUGCUGAUGGAGAUUUCAUGCUUGUCAUAUUAAUCGUAAUAAUAAUGGUGAUUUGGUAUUAGUAAAGAUCCCUGAUGCUAGUGGAGAUUUGUCAUUAGUACGAUCAGGGUGUAAGCACUGUUUCUUACUAAGAGUAACAGAGAUCACAGACGUACCACAGCCUUCCCUGCAAACGGACCAAAUAUCCAAGUAGAUUAAACAUAAUAGUUCCUUUCUGCAAUGGCUAUAAAUAGUAUAGAGUGACAGAUUAGACUUCUGUGCUGUAAUUAUUCGGCCCAUUGUUUCAGUGCCGACUCUCUGCAAGAGCAUCUCACCAGUCCUGCUCCCUGCUAUUUUCUGUAGCUACGUACUUACAUAAUUUCCAAUCGCCUUUGAAAGCCAUGAGUGAAUGUGGCCCUACCACACUCUAGGGUGUACAGUCCAGAUCCUAACUACUUGCUAUGCAAAAUGGUUUUCUUCUUGUGUUCCCUUUGCUUCUCUUGGCAACCACCUCAAACUGGUGUUGUUUGGUUCUCAAUCCUUCCAUCAAUGGGAAAAGUUUCUCCUUUCUACAUGACUUGAAACUGAGUCUAAGGCUCACUUUAUAAACUGAUUAUUGAUAACUAAAUUCAGCCUAGCACAAGCUAAAUUAUUUGCUGAUAAUUCAGUGAAAUCUUUGCUGUUAACUAGAAUGCUCAAACCUGGAGACGAAGUAGUCUCAGUUUAUAUCUACACAGCAGCAAGACGAAAGGUAGAAUUCUACAGGUAUGUGAAUUUUUAUGAAUGAAAACUCCUCCAUUCUAACCUCUGUUGUUAGGAACUUGAAACAAUGUGUGAAAUGGAUCAAACAAGACACUUGUACAUCCUUGCUUGGAAUGAAACCAUGGAUUUAAAGAACAACUUUAAAUUCAAGCAACAUCCUUCUUUGGCUAAUAAG